AUACACAUAGAUCAAUUAAUUAUUACAUUUUCUCAAAAACAUUUAUUGUUAUGGUGCAAUUAGUCAACGUUAUUUUGACUCAUUUUUAUCUUAUGAGAUGAUUUUCAAACAAUAUAUUCGAUAUACGUUAACGAUAACAAAGUGAUUAACUUUUGAUCAUAGUUUUAUUUAUUCAAAACAAAUAUGUCGCCUCGUAAACAACCAACUAACUUAUUUAAAUUAUGUAUUAAGAGUUCCCUUAGUUUAAUAAAUGAUAGUUGCUAUCGCAUCGAAAAAAGUUACACAGAAAUCGAAUAUAUGGAUUGCAAAAAUAGAGUAUAUGUUUUGAAAGGGUUCUUAAUGUCUACACUUCCUGCCAGGUUGUUUGAUAUCCUCUGUUUAGAAAGAGGAUGUUGCCCGUACCGCGGCGACCCUCGAGUCCAGCUCAAUGUCCUGAUACAUCCCAAGAUGUCUAUCUUUCGCAAAUGCAAUAUUGAUAAUGGCAUAUCUCAACAUUACUGGAUAAGUACCAUUCCUUGGUUUACUCGAUUAGUUGUUCUUGACCUCAAAUUUAUUUGCACAGAUGAAAUCCUUGAAGUAAUCGCCACACACUGUCCCCUUCUCGAAGAACUGAACAUCGUAUCUAGGGUUGACGUAUGUAAGUCUCCAAUCAACGCUUCAGUUCUGAUAAGAAACGUUUCCGAUGUCGGAUUGUGUUGUAUAAGCAUUCUCAAACAGUUACGAAUCCUCUCUAUGGAUCCACCACGCAACGAAAAGUCUAGUCGUAUUGGUCGGUGUGUUACUCAAGCUGGUAUCAUUAUGCUAUUAAGCGAACUUCCCUAUCUUGAAGAGCUAAAUAUAGAGUCCUGUGACAUUGGUUCGACAAUUAUAGGAGCGGAUAUCUCUAUUGGUCCUUUAAGUCUUAGAAAAAUUAAUUGUCAUUUCGCAUCAGCUAACGGUAUACGUAAAUUAAUAAAAAUAUGUCCACAUUUAAAAGAACUGUCCGUAACACAUUUAUCGGCUAAUGAUAAAGAGUCUAUCCUUGAAGAGAUAGGAGCUAGUGAUCUCAGACUAACUAAAUUAAACACUUCCUUCUUUUCAUACACUCAAUCCCUCCAGCGUCUUCUAGAAGUCCAAGGGAAAUAUUUAACUCAUUUCUCACUGUGGGAAAUAGACCAGUCCGUUAAUAUUGACUCAAUAAUUACAAUAGGUUUGCGUUGUCCCAAUCUAACUUGUCUUUGUCUAAUGACUCAAUCUAACAAUUUAUUUAUACCGCGUUUUUUAAGACGACCGAAAAAAAUCUUCACCGAGCUUCGGAGUUUGACAUUAGGUAACGAAAACUUUAAUCUCGAAGAGAUUUUACUUUUUUUCUUAGACAACACAGAGAAAUUACAGAAACUCGUUUUGAAAUAUCAAACGAAGCUGGUUUUCGCUGAGAUAUUGUUAUGUCUUCUUCAAAAGGGUUAUCUUAAGAAUAUCAAUAAUUUGUGGUUAGACUGUACUCUAGAAGUUUCUAAGGACACAAUAUUACAAAUUAUAAAAUCAUGUGAUGCACUAACAAUGCUCACAGUAGAUUUAUCGGAAGACACAUGUGACAUUUUAGAUUACAUCAAUAGCAAUAAUCUCGAUUUAAAACUAGGAGGAUAUUAAUUUAUUUCUAUUACAUUUUAUUUAUAAUUGUAUUAAUAUUGUUGUGGAGCAAUAUAAUAAAAAACACUAUCUUUUA